AUGGCGCCCCAGACCUACAGUACAGCUUAUGGUACCCACAGUGGACCCAUGGACCUCAGUGCCACACAACACAAGAAGCCCCGUAAAGACCCCAAGAAUGGCAAGUGCUUUAAGUGCGACAAGACAGGGCACAUCGCCAGAAACUGCCCGAGAAACCAGGAAGAUAUCCCUGAUUUUAGGGGCAAGACCGAAAAACCACGAGGACUUAAUGCCACCAAUUACCAGCAACUACGGCCUAACCAACACAGCACGAUGAGCUGGACCACCUGCUACGAUGACAAUUGUAUGACCCACAAUAGCUCCAAGAUCGACGCAGGAUGGUACCCACAAAAGCCCCGAGGCACUCGAACCCUAGCAGAGAAUUAG